ACCUGAAGGCACCAACUGCCUCAUGUGCCUGGAGCCUGUGGGGGACACUGUGUCCUACCACACCAUGGUGUGUCCAGCGUGCAGACACACCUGGUUCCACCGGGGCUGCAUCCAGGUAGGAGCCCUCCCCUCACCCUGCACACACGUUGCCUGCCCAGCAGCACCAGGCACCGCUCACGCUCACUCUGCUUCUUGCGCUUCUCCUGCAGAAACAGGCUUUGAAUGCUGGCAUGGACUGCUUCCGGUGCCCUGCCUGUAGAGACAACACUGUCUUCUGCACCGAAAUGUCCACCAUGGGGAUCCACGUCCCAGACAGAAGACCCUCAUGGGAGGACAAUGGUGAAUACGAAGGACUUCGACAGAGGCACCGGAACUGCGAUGCCUUCAAGUGCCUUUGCCCUAGAGGCAGACGGCAGGCAGCUACAAGGGGGCCCUGGCAGUUGAUGCUGUGCAGCUCCUGUGCUGCUGAGGGGACCCACAGACGCUGCUCCCACUUGAGCAAUACAACAGCCAAGUGGGAGUGCGACAGCUGUGCUGGCCUGGGAACCGGUAAGAGGCAAUGAGUUGCGUGGCACCGCGUUGGGACCAGGCAGG